UCGCCAUGAUCUAGAACUCAACGGUGCAACUCACCACCAAAUAUUAAUUUCGAAUAAUUAUUCAUCGCUAGGCCAAACAUGGACUUGUGUUAUAAAGAACCUAGUAUCGCACGCCAUCGGUUGCUUCUGUCCAACCGCCAUGUGUAAGUGAUAGCGUUCCAUGGUAUUUUGCCUUUUUCUUUUCCCGAACAGUAUCACAUGCGCGAUAGAUUUUGGUGCAUCAGUUUAUUGUACAUGUGUUGUUGAUUGUUUGAGACUUGCAUACGACUACAGAGGAACUCGGCUCAAUGUUAUUGUUGUAUACAAUGAUGCUUCUCGUGCCCUCAAGUCUUGCGGCUGGAUCUCAUGCUGUUACGCUUCAACUGAGCAUCAAUUCCGACGAUUUCGCAAGUCAGCCACUGGAAAAUACCUCUGUAGCUUUACUUGGCCAUAGCGGCCGGGACUUUUCGCCCCAGCGUCUCGGUGGCGUGGUUAAAUAUACACCGUGCAGAAGAUCUUUCAGGUUUCUCAGAGCCGGGAGUACAAGUUCCCAGGAUUUCCCCCACGGUCAGCUUCCUCCCCGGCGUGGAGGGUGUCACUAUGUUGAACGACUUCCAGUAUACGCUCAACAGCGGAGUGCAAGAGUAAAGUCUUGGAGAAGAUGUGGCCGGCACAAUGCCACGUGUAACAUGGCAGGAUCUCACUGAUUUAUUCCUCUUCUUUUUCGGAACAGUAGAGAUCUGCACCAAGUCUGCGAGUUAUGCGACGGAAACGUGCUUGGCUAAUACAUGUUGCCACGCAUGGGAUGACUUGAAA